AUGGGCAAAGAAAUCAACCCCGUGGAGGAGCGGUCAAUCGAUGACCUAAGCGAUGGCGUCGACCGCGAGACGGCAGCGUACGCCGCGCGCGAGGCCGUCGUCAUCGACGACGAGACCAACCGGCGCCUCUUCUGGGCCAUCAACAAGCACGUGCUGCCCUUCAUGCUGGGCACCUACUUCUGCCAGACGCUCGACAAGGGCACCAUGGGCUUCGCGUCCAUCAUGGGCAUCAUCCAGGACGCCGGGCUCGACGGCAACAGGUUCAACUGGGUCGGCACCGUGCUCUACAUGGGCGCCCUCGUCGGCGAGUACCCAACAAACUUCUUUAUCCAGAAGCUGCCCGUCGGCAAGUACCUGGCCUUCAACGUCGGCUGCUGGGGCGCCGUCGUCGCCUGCUCGGCCGCAGCCAACAACUUCCCGUCCCUCAUGGUGGUGCGCUUCCUGCUGGGCUUGUUUGAGAGCGUCGUGCAGCCUGCGUUUAUUGUCAUAACAUCCAUGUGGUAUACAAAGCAGGAGCAGAUGAUCCUCGUGUCUCUGUGGUAUUCCAUGAUGGGCAUCCAGCUCAUGCUCGGCGGCAUGAUUGCGUAUGGAGUCUCGCACUAUAGCGGGGCCAUCAUGAAGUCGUGGCAGCUACUCUUCAUGGUCCUCGGUCUCGUGACCGUCGUCUGGGCCGGCUGCCUGGCGCGGUGGCUCCCCGACUCACCCAUGAAGGCCAAGUGCUUCAACGAGGACGAGAAGCGGCUCAUGGUGGAGCGCGUGCGCGCCAACGAGACGGGCAUCCAGAACCGCACCUACAAGAAGCCCCAGAUCAAGGAGGCGCUGACGGACCCCGUCGUCUGGUGCUACAUCCUGCUUCAGCUCACCUCGACGCUCAUCAUCGGCGGCCUGAGCACCUUUUCCAACCUCAUCAUCAAGUCGUUUGGCUUCACGUAUCUCCAGACGCAGCUGCUGAAUAUUGCCCAGGGCGCCGUCACCAUUGGCGUCAUGGUGGGCGGGGCGUGGGCGGCGACGGCGACGCGGCAGACGGCGUUUGUCAUGCACGGCUGGUCAAUCCCGGCCAUCAUCGGCACCGCCGUCAUCUACUCGAUCGCGCCGUCGCACGACACGCGCAUCGGACUGCUCAUCGCCUUCUACUGCACGCAGUUCUUCCUGGCGCAGGGCAACCUCAUCUUCUCGCUCAUCUCACGCAACAUCGCGGGCCAGACCAAGAAGUCGACGACGCUGGCGCUGACGUUUAUCGGCUGGGCCGUGGGCAACAUGACGGCGCCGCAAAUCUUCCAGUCGAGCGAUGCGCCACGGUACAAGAAGGGCUUCACGGCACACUUUUGCCUCUAUCUCGUCUUCAACGGUAUCCUCGCGACGCUGCGCAUCCUGCUGGUCCGCCGCAAUCGCGCCAAGAGGGCCGCCCACGUUGGGCCCGACGCGGACAACGAUGGGCGGCCGCUGGCCGAGGGCGAGGUCAAGGGCCUGGGCAAGGAGCACAUUUCGCAUUCGAGGGCGUUUGCCGACUUGACUGAUAUCCAGAACCCCGAUUUUCGAUACGAUGUAUAG